GAUGACUGUCAGUCACGUUUCAUCACGGAGCCAACCCCCUCGCUUCGAGGGUACAGGAAACAACGUCGAGUAGUCUCUCGGUUUUUGGAUUGCGGAAAUUCUACGUGUCACAUUGUGUUAUGGAAGAGGCGAUCCAAAUGCAGACUCCAGAAACACAAAUCGGACAUAUGCCCGUGGUACAGCCGAAGAUGUCUGCAUCGUCCAGUCGUAUUCUUUAUGAUAUUCCCUGUAAGGUAUGUCGGGAUCAUUCUUCAGGAAAGCAUUAUGGGAUUUUUGCUUGCGAUGGGUGUGCGGGUUUCUUCAAGAGAUCGAUACGAAGAAAUCGCCAGUACGUCUGCAAAGCAAAGUCUAAAGGGGGUUGCAUGGUGGAUAAAACGCAUCGAAAUCAAUGUAGAGCAUGUCGCUUAGCUAAGUGUAUUCAAGUCGGCAUGAACAAAGACGCCGUGCAGCACGAACGGGGGCCACGAAACUCAACUCUGCGGAGGCAGAUGGCCUUGUAUUUUAAAGAACCCGAAAUGAUGGCUAGCAUGGUGCCCCCACCAACGACAGCUUUGGAUCUCGCUUUGCCCAAACCACCGACAGAAUCUAGAGUCUCCGUAGCUACACCAACUCCUCAUCAUCUUCUUUCACAUCCUGUUUACUGCAACAGCUUGGCCGUAUCGAAGAUACCAGUCAACAUGGCGGGUUUGCCAUCUCUACCAUUGAUCCCGGCGGUAACGGCGGAGUCGAUCUGCGAACAGGCAGCCAGAUUACUUUUCCUGAACGUUCAUUGGGCCAAAGAACUAGCAGCAGGAACAACCCUGGUCCUGGAAGAUCAAUUGACUCUAUUAGAAUUCUCGUGGAGAGAACUAUUUCUCCUCGCCGCCGCUCAAAUCCUUCCAACGUUAGAUCCAACUACCCUUCUCCCACCCGCUCCUCACGGUCUCAGUCUGGCAGUCGAAGUGAAUCGAUUUAGAGAAACACUGGCUGGUUUUCACGCGAUGAAUCUCGAUCAGCAUGAGUUCGCGUGCAUCAGAGCUAUCGUACUGUUUAAAGCUGGACUGGAUAGCGAACCUACCCCAAGCAGUAGAAGUAGCAGUGGAUCAGCCUCUCCUAGUGUCGGAAGUAGACUCAGGGACGCGGCAGCAGUCGCCAGACUGAGGGAUGGAGCACAACUUGCACUUGGUCAAAGAUUAAGUGGUGCAUCGUUAGGUGCUCUGAGGUUUGGAAAAUUACUUUUGUUGCUCCCUUCGCUUCGUUCCGUUUCUACGCAUGCCAUCGAGGAGUUGUUCUUCAGGAGGACUAUCGGCAUCAUUCCUAUCGAGAGGAUCAUUUGCGAUAUGUACAAGGCUGCUUGAGUGGUAUGAAUUCGUUCAGAGUUGUAAUGAUUUUGAUAUAUUCGCCUCCUACAUACUGAAUAUUUAGUCGGCUGAAAGAAAUGAGAGAGAUACAGAAACCAUUUAAGUGCUUCUAUCUCUAAGAAGAAAAUACGUGUAUUAGAAGAACAUGAUUGAGGACAAUUGUGAAAUUUUCGAUAAGUAAAUGAAUUUAGAAUCUUAUCCUUUCUUCCUAUCGUCUCAUCAUUUCUUCUUAAAGAAUCCUCUCAAUUCUUCUUUCAACUUAAACAAUAUUUUAACUCACUCAGUGCAUAAUUCGAUAUUUUGUAUUAAAAUUUAAAAAAGCAAAAAGAAAGAAAGAGCAAAUUAGAAGAAAAUAUUUCAACAAGACUUGGAGUAAAAUAGUCAAAAUUUUAUAGCAUUUUCUUGAAAAUCUAAUAUAUAAAGUUCAUGGAAGGCCAGGCCAACGAACCUCAAUAAAAUACUUAACGAAGAAAUGUCUCUAUAGAAAAUUGUACAAAGCUAUGUCAAUAACUGCAAAGGUAGAGUUAAAUAUGUUGAAUAGCAUCAUGUAAAGGAAUGGAAUAUAUGAAGCUGUGAUGAAAACAUAUCGAGAAAAAAAAGAACGAUGCGUAACUGGAAAUAAUGAACUAGAGAUACGUGAUGAUAAUAUAUAUCCAUUAUUUUUGUAUUAUAUAUAUUAGUGUAUUUCACGUAACUCGACCAUCUUAAAUAUCUGGCUUAUUUUUUAUGAUAGGAAAAAAUAUCAAAGGAAUAUUCAGUUCGAUGUGUGAUAGAUAAAAAAAUUUUCUCAAGGCCGCCUUUUUCGAGAUUUCAAGCUCAUCGAAGUAUUUUUAAAUAGGAUGACAUAUUUUCAUUACAGCAGUCUUAUAGCUCAUAAGACACAGGUUUAAUGAUGUGCACUAUGUAGAUUAAUGGCUAAUUAACUUAUAAAUGGAGGAAACUUAAUUUCAUUGGAACAAUGUGUCGUGUAAUUGUCCCUGAUGCUAAAAAAUGUAAAGAAAUUAUUCAUUUUCUGUCUUCAAAAGUAUAUUGAGUUGAAUGGUGCAUAUUUCUAACACCUCCUGCAAUAAAUCGUUCGCAUUGAAACAUGCAAAUCUUACCUUUAUCUGUUUGUCGUACAAACAUGAUUUUCUCGAUGAAAAUCACGUAAAGGUCAACAUAUUGUACAUUUGCACCUUCGAACCGAAUAUUCUCUUCUUUUAAUAUUUUUUCCUUUCAUAAGAUAUAAACGGGACAUUUAAGAUGCUGAAGUUAAGUGAAAUAUCCUAUAUUAUAUUCCAGAUGUCGUA